CUAACCACAACCACAACUGUAAAUUGAUUUCACUGCCUGUAAAAGAACAAAAUGAGGUUAUGUUUUGGUGUUAAUAACUUAUUAUUAGUAUCUUUCAAAAGAAAAUGAUUAGACGUUUAUUUAGUGUCAUAGAAACAACAAUACAUUCUGAACCAGCCUCGUAUUCGAAAUGUUUCUUCAAAACGGAAAAUGUCUCAUUUGGUUGGCUCCCUACAGCUGCACCAUGUUUUCCUAUAAACGCAAAAAACAUCAAAAUACUAACAGAACCAAAGGAAUUUUAUGAUACGAUUUUAAGCAAUUGCUGUAAUGCUAAAGAACGAAUAACUUUAGCUAGUCUUUACUUUGGAAAUGGAACUUUGGAAAAGAAAUUACUGGAAUCCAUUAGAAGUAAUGCAAACUUCAAAAAUAAAAGCUUAGAUGUUAAUAUAUUAUUGGAUUACAGUAGAGGAAGUAGAGGUAUAGCAAAUUCUAGAACAAUUUUACUUCCUUUACUGCAAGAAAACAGUAAAAGUGUAAGAGUGUCUUUAUACCACACACCAGAACUUCGAGGAGUAUUAAAACAGUAUAUACCUGAUAGAUAUAAUGAAUUGUUAGGGCUACAACAUAUCAAACUCUACAUAUUCGACAAUACGCUUAUUAUUAGUGGAGCAAACUUAUCUAAUGAUUACUUCACUAAUCGCCAAGAUAGAUAUUUUGUUAUUAAAGAUAAAAACCUUAGCGACUUUUACUGUAGUUUGGUAAACAAAAUUCAAGAUUUUAGCUUGAGUAUAGACCAACAUGACAAGGUUGGUUUAUCAAAAAACUGGGAAAUGCUGCCUUAUGAGAGUAGUAAAGCUCAAUUUGUGGAAAAGGCUUCAUGUAUGAUUAAAAAUUUGAUUCAGGAUUAUAUGGAUCAACAACAGUAUUGUGCACAAGAACAAAAUGACACAUGGAUAUUCCCUUUAGUACAGAUGGGACAACUCAAUGUAAAUCAUGACGCUCUAAUUACCAAUAGAAUAUUAGCAGAUUCUCCUCCAGGAAGCACAUUACGCAUCGCCACUGGUUAUUUUAAUCUUACCAAAGAGUAUAUGAACACUUUAAUAGAUAAUUGUCAAGCCAAUUGCGAGAUCCUAAUGGCACACCCGAAGGCAAAUGGAUUUUUAGGAGCGAAAGGUCUAGCAGGAGGUAUUCCCUACGCCUAUUCGCAAAUAGCUAGGAAAUUUAGGCAAUCAUAUGAAGAAAGGAAACAGCAGCAGAGAUUUAAGUUAUACGAAUACCUAAGGGAAGAUUGGACCUAUCAUGCCAAAGGUUUAUGGUAUUAUCCACCCGAUAAGAACGUCCCAACCAUGACUUUGAUCGGCUCGCCGAAUUUUGGAGAGCGAUCAGUAAAACGAGACUUGGAAACUCAAGUGGCGAUCGUUACCGAAAAUCCAGAGCUAAGUAAAAAUCUUGACAAUGAAUGUAGAAGACUUUAUAAAGUUGGAAUAGAAGCAGAAACCGAUAGAAAAGUUCCUAUUUGGGUCAAUACGUUUGUAGUUUUCUUUAGAAGCUAUUUUUAAAAUAUUUUUGUUUAUUUAUGGGUUUGUUAUGUUCUAAAUAUAAUUUAUUGAUGUUUUGUUUAUAAAAUACAUUGAUUUUUCAAUUGAA